GGGCUCUUGAAUCCAAACACAGUUUAAGUGCGAAGAAAACGGUUUUAUGAAUAGAUCAGCUCCUCAUAAAACCACCUGAAACUUUGAAUCUACUGAAAAACAGAUUGGUUUGGUAAGCAGUAUCGCAUGUGGGGAGAGUCGAUCGAAUUUGUGCUCUAGAUUGAAGAGGAGCCGUCACGCUAGUAGCAUCCUACGAGAUUUCUAUUCAAAACCUGGAAUAGAGCUGCGAUGGAGUCUCGUUUCUGUAGAGUUCGAAAAACCAAAGAAUCUUCUCUACUGUUCUGUUAACGGUUACUUUUGUGGUAAUUUUACCUCGAACAAGGAGCAGUGCGUGGCUCUGAAAAUUAGCGCGCGGUUCGGAUUUUUUUUCUUUUAACGGUCAACCUACAUCAAGGCGGGAAAAAUGGAAUCUUCGCAAUUCAUCGCCGCAUCAGUCGGACUUGGGGUCUUAGUUUUCAUCCUGCUUCUUUCUGUCGUGGGAAUCGUUUAUUUCAGGAAAUAUCUGACGCAAAUAAAUGGCUCGAAAGCAUCGCAAAAGCUAGGAACCUACAUUUCGCCAAAAGAACCGCCUGAAUUCGUCAUUCCGCCCUAUACCCUGAUUGCGGAUGAAAGCGAUGGAGAAACUUUUAGCGACUUUGGAGACUUUAGAACGGACGAAAUAGGUGGAAAGUUUACGCCUCCGGCCUUCAGACGAGCUAUUUCAAUGCCACCACCAUCAGAUCAGUCAGGGAAUUCAAAACAAGAAACAACAGAAGGACAUGAGGAAACCGGAGCUUCUGCGGUCGGAAUAGCAACGGCGGAGUACCGCCCUCAAUACAGAAGAGCUGUUUCUCAGUACGCACCUUACUCAACUCAAAUCAAGAGAGAACCCGUGAAAAAAAUUUCCAUUGCUCCGUACGGAAAACUGGAAGUUUCCGUGCAUUUUCUAACGGCUAAAAAAGUGCUCUUUGUGCAGGUAUUUGUUAAUACUUAUGUACCAGCUGUUAAGUAGUUAAUAUAAUUGUUUACAGGUGGGCUACAAAACGGGGUUUUCCUGGCAUAUUUUGUGUAUUUCACUUUCUGACGAAUAAUCUCACACAAAUGUUUAUUUUUCUUUAUCUAUUUGUCUAUUUAUUGCUAUUUUUAUGAGAUUCCUUCUUGGCUCUUUGUUUGAAAACAACUUUAAUUUGAUAUUAAUCGACAGCGGUCUAUACCUUCCUAAAACUUCAUUUUGCUCAUUGACGCCUCCCUACAAGAAAGAGACUCGAGAGUUUUAUAAGGUUGCUCCUUUCGUCGAAAAGAUGCUCAUGACGGACGAACGUAUGUCACAUGACGUAGCGCCUGACAUUGGGGAAAAGUGAUAAAUAAUGAUACUAAAAAUAACCUAAAUUCCUCCCCCUACCAUGUAAGUUUAGGGUCCCCUCCGUACCCACCCACAGCGCCUCGAUGCAUAACCCCCCUAGAUUUCCAUCACAUGCUAGUAGGAUUUACAUUUGCUUCCCUCGAGCUUUUCAAACUACAAAAAGCAGACACUGACUUUUUUUCUACUGAAACUCCAGCCUAGGACCCUUACAAUAACGUUCUUUAUUUGCGGUAUCUUUGCAGGUAAAUGGCGCCUUUGAUUUGCCUCACGUGCGCCUUUCUGGGAUCUCUACCCCGUACGUCCGCGUGCAUCUGUUAUCAGGGCAGCGUCACAAAGAUACCAGGUCAAACUUCUUGAAUCUUGGAACGAACCGAAAAUGCAUGUUUGAUCAGAUGACGUUAGAAGAAGCACACAGGUACAUUUUUCAAUUAAACAGAUUAGGAUCAGCUUCCCAGUUUGAGAGAACAAUUUCUCCUCUCUUAAAAAAACCCUCGCAAAUCGAUUUUCUAAUGAAUUUCACGGUGAUUUCACAGUUUGUCGAGCGAAAGGCAAAGCCUUUUGAUUUUAAGGUGUUUUUUUUUUUAAUGUUUACUGGUGACAUUUUUUCUUGCCUUUAACCGAUAUCAUCCUGAAAACUUAACCCUCUUUUACGUUUGUUCGUCGGAUUAUGUCUUAGAAUCACUCCAAUAUUUAAAGGGGGUAAGUUUCUAAAGAAAUUGUGGUAUUGCGAUGGUGGAAGAGCCGAGCAUAACAGGGUAAUUUAGUAUUAUCGACCGAGUCGAUAGCGUAAAUUGGCCACCGUAAAAAGUUAAAAAGCUGAUGUUUUGAGCGUUUUGCUCUUUUUGCUCCUCAUCAGAGCAAUAGAAGAAGGGCCAACGCUCGAAACGUCAGCUUUUCAACCCCUUACGGUGGCCAAUUUAAGUUAUUUACUCAGUUGAUUAUAAAAAAUCACUCCAAUAUUUAGCCUACCUUUUAUUGCCGCAUGGUCCUCCUACUCGCUUUCUCAGUAAAUGUGGUUAUUACUGUUGCUUUUUGUGCCUUUACAGUUCUACCCUUAAGUUUGUCGUCCUUGAUUAUGACAAGUUUUCUCGGAGUGAAUUUGUGGCUGAGGUAAUGUUGUCGCUUCUCGAGGUGGAUUUAACUGAAGGCACCACGUUGUCACUCCACCUGAACUACAAGACCAUCAAUGAGGUAAGUACAAUGUGCGGACAAAAACAUCCCAUCCUAGGUUCGCACAAUUCACUCGCAAGGCCAGCUUUGUUACAUUUGCAAUACAUACUUCAUCUUUCUUAUUGUUGUUGUCAUUAUUUUCAGUCCGCUGACCGAGGUACUAUAACACUGUCAGUGUGUCACCAACCUACUGCUAAUCACUUACAUGUGAUCGUUAUGAAAGCAAGUGGACUUCCUCUUCCCAAGUCAGAUGCUCCUGAAGGAUGUGGUAAAUGGUUUUCAAUAUAACGAGCUUAAUUCUUCUCCUGUAACGCUAUUAAUGAAUUCUUGUAUUUGUGACUUGUGCCACGGUCGUCUUUAUUUUUGCGAUCGGUAGUCAGCUACUCAAACAACAAUAACAUCAACAACGUCAGUCCACAUUGUAGUACGGUACGGUGCAGUACGGCGCGGUGCGGGGCGGUGCAACGCAGUGCGGUACGUGCGGUACGGUAUGGUGCAGAGCAGUGCGCGCGGUGCAGUGCUGCGUGGUGCGGUGCAUCGCAGUGCGGUGCAGUAUAGUCCGGUUCAGUACGGUGCAUUGCGGUACGGUGCGGUGCGGUGCGGUGCGGUGCGGUGAAGUACGGUAAGGUACGGUGCGGUGCAGUGCGGUACGGCACGGUGCGGUGCAAUGUAGUGCAGUGUAGUAAGGUACGUUACGGCGCGGUGCAAUGCGUGUGUUGUGUUGUGGUGUGGUGUAGUAUACUGUGAUCGUUCAGAUGAGAAUGGUCCGAAAAAGAAUUGUCGUCGGUGACAUUGACCCUAUCUUGAUUAAAUUUAGUUUGAUAUACCAUUUCUUUAUCAGAUACCUACGUGAAAGUCCUUCACAGCGUUCAGGGAAAAGUUAUAGAGCGCAAGAAGACCAAGGUGGUUAAGAAAUCUACUUCACCGGUUUUCAAUGAAGCCUUCGUCUUCGAUGUACGAGAAGAAGACUUACGACGUUCCAGUAUUAGUUGUGAAGUGCAUAGAGGGGAUACAGUGUUGAAAACAGAGAGGAUCGGUCAUAUAACGCUGGAUUUGGAAUCGUUUGGCACUGAAGUACGACAGUGGAAUGAUAUGAUCACGUCACCUCUUAAGAGAGUAACAGAAACACAUUUGUUGCAUGCGUAAGGGCAGAAAAAACCGCUGACAAGUCCUGGAGACUCAGCAUUGUGUUUAGAGCUAAUAUGUGCGCUUGGCUUUUGUAAACGUUUUCAGAGAAAAUUUCAAAGAGACAGUGAGAGCUGAACUUAACCAGUAUGUUUUGUUCUUUGUUAGGUCAAUGCUUAUUUUCACGCAAAAUCCUUUAAAGGGUUUGAAACGGGGGAAAGUGGUAAUGGAGAGCUAUGACCAAACAAACCUGAAUAUCAAAAUCUAAAAUUUACUUUCCUUGGUAAUCAAAAUGUUCAACC